AUGGAGAACCGCUCUGCGGUGACUGAGUUCAUCCUCCUGGGCAUCCCGCACACAGAGGGGCUGGAGCCCGCACUCUUUGUCCUGUUCUUGCCCUUCUACGCCUGCACCCUGCUGGGAAAUGCAUCCAUUCUCACGGCUGUUCUUUCUUCCACUCGCCUCCACACACCCAUGUAUUUCUUCCUGGGGAACCUGUCUGUGUUUGACAUGAGUUUCUCUUCCGUGACCUGUCCUAAAAUGCUGCUCUACCUCGUGGGACUGAGCCCGCUCAUCUCCUACCAGGACUGUGUCUCCCAGCUCUUCUUCUUCCACUUUCUUGGCAGCAUUGAGUGCUUCUUGUACACCGUGAUGGCCUAUGACCGCUUCACUGCUGUCUGUUACCCUCUGCGGUACACAGUCAUCAUGAACCCUAGAAUCUGCGUGGCCCUGGCUGUGGGCACGUGGCUGUUAGGAUGUGUCCAUUCCGGUAUCCUAACCUGGCUGACCUUCACCUUGCCGUAUUGUGGUCCCAAUGAAGUGGAUCACUUCUUUUGUGAUAUCCCAGCACUCUUGCCCUUGGCCUGUGCUGAUACAUCCCUAGCCCAGAGGGUGAGCUUCACCAACGUGGGCCUAAUAUCUCUCGUCUGCUUUCUCCUCAUCCUUGUAUCCUACAUGCGAAUCUCCAUCUCCAUCUUGCGUAUUCCAUCAACAGAGGGCCGCCGCCGUGCCUUCUCCACAUGCAGUGCCCACCUGAUCGCCAUCCUCUGUGCCUAUGGGCCCAUCAUUACUGUCUACCUGCAGCCCACCCCCAACCCCAUGCUGGGAACUGUGGUCCAAAUUCUGAUGAAUCUGGUAGGACCAAUGCUGAACCCUUUAAUAUACACCCUGAGGAAUAAGGAAGUAAAAUCAGCCCUGAAAAAAAUAUUGCACUGGACAAAUCACAUUCCUGAGAUUUAA